AGCAGCAGCAGCAGCAGCAGAUCAGCUGAGCUGCGCCAGCCCGGCCUGCUCUGAGGUGGUGGCAGACGUGUGAGCCCCACAGCCAUGCAGCAUGAGAAGAGCUUCCUGGUGUCAGGCGAUCCAUUCCCAGGCCAGCAACCUCCCGCCCCACCUGGCUACGCCCAGCCUGCGUACCCAACAGCUCCCGGCCCACAGCUUCAGUUCCAGCCCGCGGUCUACGGCCAGCCUGGCUAUCCUCAGGGGCCCUAUCCCCAGGGCCCGUAUCCAGCUUCAGCGCCCUAUCCGCAGGGACCCUACCCGCAGGGACCCUAUCCGCAAGGAUCCUAUCCACAAGGACCCUAUCCGCAAGGACCCUAUCCUCAAGGACCCUAUCCUCAAGGACCCUAUCCUCCGGCACCAUAUCCACAAGGACCACACCCACAGGACCCCUAUGCUCAGCCACAUCCUGGAGUCCCUGUGGAUCAAGGCUCGCCACUGCACAGCAAUUACCAUGAGGACGGGCCCCCCUCCUACUACGACAACCCGGACUUCUCCCCCACGAACUGGGACGACAAGAAGAUCCGACAGGCCUUCAUUCGCAAGGUGUUCCUGGUGCUGACCAUCCAGCUCUCGGUGACUUUUGCCUUUGUGGCCAUCUUCACCUUCGUGAAGGGUGUGAAGGGAUUUGUGCGGAAAAAUGUCUGGACCUACUACGUCUCGUAUGCCGUCUUCUUCAUCUCUCUCAUCGUGCUCAGCUGCUGCGGGGAAUUCCGGCGGAAGCACCCCUGGAACCUCAUCGCCCUGUCCAUCCUGACCCUGAGCCUCUCCUACAUGGUGGGCAUGAUUGCCAGCUUCUAUGACACAGACGCCGUCAUUAUGGCCGUGGGCAUCACUGCCGUUGUGUGCUUCACUGUCGUCCUCUUCUCCCUGCAGACCAAGUAUGACUUCACCUCAUGCCGGGGGGUGCUGAUUGUCUGCCUGAUGGUCCUGUUCAUCUUUGCCAUCCUCUGUAUCUUCAUCCGGAACCGCAUCCUGGAGAUCGUCUAUGCAUCCCUUGGAGCCCUCCUUUUCACCUGCUUUCUGGCUGUGGACACCCAGAUGAUCCUUGGGAACAAGCAGCUCGCCAUCAGUCCGGAGGAGUACAUCUUUGCAGCCCUCAACCUCUACACAGACAUUAUUAAUAUUUUCCUUUACAUCUUGGCUAUCAUUGGCCGUGCCAAGGAUUAGGCAAACCCACCGGCCCCUUCAGCAUAGAGUUCCUUCCACACGACCCCGAUUGCCUCUUGUCAUCAUGGUUAUCCUCCUCGUUUUGCUCAUGAGACCCCCAGGGUUCUUUUGUUUUCUAGGUUCCUGCCCAUUCCUUGGGAUUGCGGCCUCCUGCUUUCAUGCUCCCUGACUCGUGUUUAUCUAGGGAAGGCUACCCAGAGGGGUUCAGG